AUGAAACGAGAAGUGGGGCUGGAUCUUAACUUAAACCUGACACUUAAUGGUUCGGCAAGAUGGCUGAUAGAAGCAUCAAGAGGCAUCCAGGAUCCUAACAUUCUUCUUGAGAAAUUCUCACAAAACAAAAAAGUUGAUGAUCCGACCAGAGCACUCCUUCUCACUUUCUACGGCAUCUUGGUAGUUAUUGGCGCUGUUGGCAAUGCUCUUGUUGUCAUUUCUGUAGUAAGAAAACCAGCGAUGAGAACAGCAAGAAAUAUGUUCAUAGUAAACCUGGCAGUAUCCGAUGCUUUAGUGUGCUCUGUCGGCACACCUUUGACCUUGAUGGAGCUAUUGACCAAACAUUGGCCGUUACCAGACUGGCCAAGCCUUUGCAAAGCUUGUGGAGCUAUUCAAGCUAUUUCAAUAUUUGUCUCAACUAUAUCCAUUACUGCGAUUGCUUUGGACAGAUAUCAGUUAAUCGUCUAUCCAACGCGACCAGGCCUGCAGACUAUGGGUGCUCUCAUCACCAUGUUCUUCAUAUGGGUCACUGCUUUCACCCUUGCAUCUCCACUCUAUAUGUUCAGAAGCCUCAAGACCUACUAUCUCCAGCUCAUCGAGUUACCCUCGUUAAGUUUCUGCAUAGAAGACUGGCCGCUCGAGAAUGGACGAGCUAUGUACUCUUUAUUUAGUCUCAUCUUCCAGUACUUACUACCAGUUCUCGUAGUUGUUAUUGCCCACGUUCAAAUCCACAGAAGACUAAGAGGCCGAAGAAGGAUGACAAGAAAAACUCCAACAAUACUUAUAGCGAUAGCUGUAACUUACGUUAUUAGCUGGCUACCAUUAAACGUUUUCAACUUGGUAGCAGACUUUAGUGCACAACCUUUCAUGGAGGAGAAGACGAUGACAAUAACGUAUGCGAUCUGCCACAUGUUUGGGAUGUCAAGCGCUGUUUCAAAUCCGCUGUUAUACGGAUGGCUAAAUGAUAAUUUCAGAAAAGAAUUUAUGGAAAUAUUAUGUUGCUGCAAAAAGAGAGAGAUGAAGAAAACCACAAGAGUAAAGAAUAGAAAAAUGGAUACAGAACUCACGGCUUUGGCACAAUUGGAGCACACAGUCACCGCCAACACGAAGACAUCACAGUGUUCUCAAAUUUUCUGA